ACGCUUUGUUAAUCAAAGCAGUUCAUAAGAAGUAAUCCUAACUUUUUACAAAAAUUGGCGAAGAUGUCUUUGCCCUUUCUUCCUGGACAGGUUUUUGACAGAAAGCUGGGAAAAACGAAAUUUCACAAAUCUCAAUUGUUUGAUUACAAAAAUGAUGUUCGUUGCUUCGUUGGUGGAGCCAAAAGUGGAAUAGGUGGAGAAAUCCUACCAGGUCGGACAUUACCACCUGGACAUAGUACUUACCCAAAAGGUGUAGGCCCAGAAGCACCUUCUUGGGUCGCCUUUGAUAGACAAGUGCUUUGUUUUGAUGCUUAUUUUCAAGAGGCAGUUCAUGAAAAACGAGAAGAACAAUAUCGAAUUCGCAAAUGCAAAAUAUACUUCUAUCUGGAAGAUGAUGGAAUACAAGUAAAUGAACAAAAAGUGGAUAAUAGUGGCAUACCCCAAGGCACACUCAUUCGACGACAUCGCGUACCUCUUCCCGUACCAAAUGAUGACUAUUUCUACACUGUUGAUCAUUUUAAUAUCGGUCGAGAAGUCAACAUUUACUCAAAAGUGUUUAAAAUCAUUGAUUGUGAUGAGUUCACCCGAAAUUUUCUAACAAAGUUGGGUGUACGAGUUGGAAAGCCAGAAAAGUUUCCUGAUGAUCCAUAUUCACUUCAUCGCUGUGAGAUGAAAGAGAGCAUGCAGCCACUAAGACCGUACGAGAAACAAGAUACACUCAAGCAAUUUUUGCAAUAUGAUCGCAGAGUGUUGAGAUUUUAUUGUUUGUGGGAUGACACAGAUAGUAUGUUUGGUGAUCCCAGAGAAAUGGUAUUACAUUACUUUUUGGCAGAUGACACCAUUGAAAUUCGUGAGAUAAUUCGUGCGAAUUCCGGUAGAGAUGCAGUGCCAAUGUUUUUAAGAAGGCAAAGGUUACCGAAGGAGCCAAUAUCGACCUUGCAGCCUGGACGCAUGACCGGGCGUACCGUUCUUAAUGUAUUUGGACCAACGGGCCAUGGUGGCCGUUGGAUUUUAGACAGUUUAAAAACUGGUGCUGUCCAUAUCAACUAUUAUACUGAUGCUGAUCUUACUAUCGGCAGCGUUAUUAACGUUUGGGGAAGAAGGUUUUUUAUAUUCGACUGCGAUGAAAACACGAAAGAACACUAUCAAACAAAGUUUGGCAUUGAUAAUUUCCAACCAAUCAAACACAAGUCUGAUCCGGAGCAACCAAUUCCACGCGAGAUCCCGCCCUACAAUGGAUUCGGAAGCGAGGAAGAUUCCUUGUGUUCCUGUCUUUCACUCAUUCCCAAACCCCCAAAACGUGAUUUUAUGAAGUUCAUGGAGAAAGACAGGCAUGGUUUGAACAGCAAUGUACUUCGUUUUAUGGCUAAGAUGGACUCUGGCCGUCCUAAUGACGAAAGCCGUUACUUCAUUAUUUCAUAUUUUCUAUGUGAUGACACGAUUGUCGUUUUUGAGCCUACCCAGCAAAACUCCGGAAUUAUCGGGGGCAAAUUCAUGGAAAGAAAUCGCAUCAAAUUACCAGAUGGCUCCGGCUAUUAUAGUUCACAGGAUCUUUACAUUGGUGCUCAUGUGGAAUUCUUGAAGCAUAAAUUCAUACUCACAGAUGCAGAUGAAUAUGCCGUUUAUUACAUAGAGAAAAAUAACAAAGAAUAUCUACAGGCCAAUGUUCCCAUCAUUUUGUCAAAACUCAGGGAAAUCACUGACAAACAUCAAGACAAAUUGCGCUCAUACUUUGCUGAAGUGGAUACUCAAGAUUCGGGAUAUGUAUCAUUUGAUGAUUUCCGGAACAUUGUUAUGAAAUACAGCUCGAACAUCUCAGUUCACGAAAUAUUGUCUGUUUGUCGUCAUUAUGGAAGUAAAAAGGCCGAAGAGGAUAAUUAUGACGCCUUGAUUUCUGCUAUUCAAGAAAAAUUACGGAAGACUAAUUACGAAAAUUUCGAAAAUUUAUACGAUGCUUGUCGACAUCGUGAUAUUGAUCAGACAGGUUACAUUGACAUGAUGGACCUACACAACGUUGCUCGUUCUUUCAAGAUCCCAGCUAAGCAAGAGUUACUUGACGCUGUUCUUAUGCGUAUGAAGAGAAAUACCAAUGGACAAGUUAGUUACAAGGAGUAUAUUGACGCUAUCAAUUGGCGAGACCACCCGGUUCAACUGCAGAGAUACAUUCCUGUUUCAGUUGCAGAAACGAAAGCAAAGGAGCGCGUUAGACCAAUGGAAGGUGUCAUUGCAGUCAAUUACAAAGCUCUAAUGAAAGAUCUUCUUUUACAAGAUUAAAGCACCUCUGAAAUGCAUGAUCAUUUCACGAAGCAUCUCAAUAUUUGAAAAAGACUGAUAUUUUGUAUAGCUCUGUGCUUUUUAAAUGAAGUGAAAUAAACUAAAUAUAUAGUUUUAUUCAGUUUA